AUGAUUUCUAUGAGCCGAAAUUAUUCGAUGACAAGUAAAGGGAGAGUGUUAAUCGGAGGUGGAACAGGAUUUGUUGGAAAAUGUUUGAAACAAUAUCUCAAGGACCAAAAUUAUGAUGUUACUAUCAUAUCUAGAAAAACCAAUGGGUUUACUAAAUUUGAUUCUGUUAUAAGCUGGGAUCAAGUAAAAAAAAAUGAAAUUCCACUUGAUACAGUAGCUGUUAUUAAUGCAGCUGGUGAACCAAUUCUUGAACCUACACGAUUUUGGACCAGCAAGUUUAAAAAAUCUGUAUGGGAUAGUAGAGUAUUGACUAAUCAAUGCCUUGUGGAUGCAAUCAAUAACAUGAAUACACAAAAGCCAAAAUUAUUUGUAUCGUUUUCUGGAGUGGGAAUAUAUCCACCCAAUACAGAUAAGUGUAAACCAUAUACAGAGAGCUACGACGUUAAAGAAUUUGAUUACUUAUCGAAAUUAGCAAUUGGUAUUGAAAAAAGUGCCAUACCAAAAUCAGACGACGUACGCUCAGUAAUAAUAAGAUUAGGGGUUGUAUUUGGCCGACAAGGUGGAUUUAUAAGUCAACUUUAUCCAUUCUUUCGUUUUGGUUUUGGAAUAUGUAUGGGUAAUGGUUCUCAAUUCUUACCUUGGAUACACAUAGAUGAUGUCUGUCGUUUAGUGUUGUUUGCUAUUGAAAACAAAAGUGUAGAGGGUAUUGUCAAUGGAGUUGCACCUGAAAUAGUUACCCAUCAUUAUUUUGCUAAAAGUUUUGUUGAAGUCUUUGGUCAUAGUUUUGUAUUAAAAGUUCCUGGAUUUAUUUUCAAGUUAAUAUUUGGAACUGAGCGAGCAAAAAUGGUUUUAGAAGGACAAGCGGUCGAACCAACCAAAUUAAACAACUUAAAUUUUUCGUACAAAUUGCCUGAUAUUAAAACAGCAUUGUGUCGUGUAUCUCAAGAAUAA